CCGAAUUUGCCAGCAAUUUUGGGCUCUGUUAGCGAAUUCCUCAGAUCCGCAGUAAUUAAUUCCAACUUGCCCGAUGAGACUUCCGCGUACAGAGACUAUUAUGGUUCAAUUAGAGAUCAAGUAUCAUUUUCAGUGAUUUAUCUCACGCUUUUUGCCUCACUCCAAUUUCCCAUUUGGAUCUUCGGCCCACGCUGAAAAAUACUUGCGACAGACUCAGUGGGAAGAUUUUUGAACAAAUUGCCUCAAUGAGACUGUCGACAAGAAAUUAUCGUUCAAUCUUCCACAACUGUGUUCUGCCGCAGUUGUGUGCGUUUAGUUUAGUCAGCUGUUUUGUGUGCGUUCAGCUCUAAACAUAUUUUCAACCCAUUUUUGCCACUAAAGCACUAUCAGCGGCUCCCCGGGCGAGAUAAGGGAGCCAGUCGGUGGUUGGCAGUCCGCUUGGCAGGGAGCUUUUCCAGAUCAACGCAGAGGAUGCAGAGAGGAAUUACGGUGGCGUGGAAGGGGCGACCCCAGGGCGGAAUCUCCCGCCUCUGUCGCAGAUGGUAUCAGAGCGAGGGGGGCGUGCACGGCUACAGGAGAAAGGAGAGGAAAUCCUUCUCGGUUCCCGAUGAGGUGCUCCACGCGAGGAACCGCCACAGCAAUGUUUACCGAUGGGUUGAGGCGUAUCGCAGUCACGGUCACAAUGUGGCCCAAGUUAAUCCUGUGGAUUUCUCCAAUCGACUUCAAACAAUUCCAGAAUUAGAAUUCAGCCGAUAUGGUCUGAGUGAGGCGCAAAAGGUUGAAACUCAGGGCAUCAUCAGCGGUCUCAAUGGAUCAGCGACUGUGAAAGAGCUGGAAAAUGCACUGAAGAAGAUUUACUGCGGCACAGUCAGUGCGGAAAUAAAUCACAUUGGGUGCGAGCAGAAGAAAGAAUGGCUUAAGGAGAAUUUUGAGCGGAUUCGCUGCAAAAGUCUGCCCAAUAGUGAAAAGAGGGAAAUCGCUGAACUCAUGAUUAAGUCUCAAGCCUGGGAUAAUUUCCUCGCCACCAAGUUUCCCACGGUGAAGAGAUACGGAGGAGAGGGAGCAGAAACAAUGAUGGCCUUCUUCCGGCAGAUACUCAAGUUAUCCGCUCAAGAGGAUAUUAAGACAAUUGUACUCGGGAUGCCACAUCGAGGAAGACUGAAUCUCCUCACUACUAUGCUCAAGACGCGGCCAGCCAAGGUAUUCCGGAAGUUCAAGGGGCAGCCAGAGUUUCCUGCGGAAGCCAAAGCAAUGUGUGAUAUCGCUAGUCACUUCCAUGUUACUGAGGACCUCAGUGUGGACGGGAAGACGAUCCACUUCUGCAUGCUGCACAAUCCCUCUCACUUGGAAGCUGUGAAUCCCGUGUCGAUGGGAAAAACCAGAUCCCAGCAACAGUCACUCAAGGAUGGAGCCUUUGGAGAGGAUGAGGCCAAGGAUUUCUCCUCAGCUGCACUCAACAUUCAGCUGCACGGCGAUGCAGCUUUUCCCGGUCAGGGUGUCAAUCAGGAGUGCCUCUUCAUGACAGGAACUCCGCACUUUGAUAUCGGCGGAACCAUUCACAUGGUCGUGAACAACCAGGUGGGAUUUACAACACCUGGCGACCGAGGGCGAUCAAGUAACUACUGCACAGACCUGGCCAAGUCCAUCGACGCCCCGGUUUUUCACGUGAAUGUGGACGAUCCCGAAGCCCUUGCCUUGAUCACUGAAUUGGCCUUCGAGUACCAGCGUGAAUUCCGAUCUGAUGUGUUCAUCGAUCUCAACUGCUUCCGACGAUGGGGUCACAACGAAGUGGACGAUCCCACCUUCACCAAUCCAGCAUUGUACCAAAUCAUCCACAACAGAAAGUCUGUUCCAGAUAAGUACACAGAUUUCCUGGUCUCGGAGAAUGAAAUGACUCAGGAGGAGGUGAACAAGAUUGCAAAGGACCACACAAAUUUCCUCGCUAGUGAACUCAGCAAUCUAGAUUCUUAUGAGCCUGAGAAGUGGUACUUCAGGAAGCAAUGGUCAGGAAUGAAACAAGCUGGCAGUGAAGUCACCGUUUGGGACACUGGACUGGAUUACUCUCUUCUUGGAUUCAUCGGUGUGAAAAGCGUGACAUAUCCUGAGAAUUUCGCAAUUCAUCAACACCUGGAGAAAACUCAUGUGGCAGGCAGGAUUAAGAAGAUCAAAGAGGGUCGCAUCGACUGGGCAACCGCUGAGGCGAUGGCACUGGGAAGCCUCAUGUACCAGGGUCACAAUAUCCGUCUCAGUGGCGAAGAUGUUGGCCGAGGAACCUUCUCUCAUCGCCAUGCAAUGCUCGUAGAUCAGAAAACGAACGAGAUUCACAUUCCUCUGAACUCCAUGGAAGGUGGAUUGGGCGGGAAGCUUGAGAUAGCCAACAGUAUCCUGUCGGAAGAAGCUGUUCUCGGAUUUGAAUACGGAAUGGCCAUCGAUAAUCCCUACAACCUGAUCAUCUGGGAAGCUCAGUUCGGAGACUUCUUCAACGGUGCUCAAAUACUCUUCGACACCUUCAUCUGCAGUGGAGAAACCAAAUGGAUGAUCUCCAAUGGCCUGGUUGUUCUCUUGCCGCAUGGCUUUGAUGGGGCAGCUUCUGAGCACAGCUCUUGCCGGCUGGAGAGAUUCCUGCAGAUGACUGACUCGAGUGAGUCGCAGCCUGAUGGCGAUGAUGUCAACUUCCAGAUCAUCAAUCCCACAACUCCCGCCCAGUAUUUCCAUGCGCUGCGGCGCCAGAUUGUGCGGGACUUCCGGAAACCCCUGAUAAUGGUAGCACCAAAAGUUCUCCUGCGUCUCUCAGACGCCACUUCAGCUCCUGAAGACUUCAAGCCAGGCACACACUUCUUGCCUGUGAUUGGAGACUCAACUGUAAACCCCUCAGACGUGAAGAAAGUCAUCCUUUGCACGGGAAAACACUAUUACAACCUCAAGGCAGAGCGCAAAAACCGAGGUUUGGGAGAUGUGGCCAUAGUUAGAGUGGAAUCUCUCUGCCCUUUCCCAGUGCAUGAACUCAACAACGAACUGGACAAGUACAAGAGUGCUAAAACUUUCAUCUGGUCCCAGGAGGAGCACAGGAACAUGGGAGCGUGGACUUUCGUGAAGCCACGCUUUGAGAACUUGUUGGCGAGAAGGAUAAAGUAUUCUGGCAGAUAUGUUGGAGGAACAGUUGCAGUGGGUGUCAGUUCCUGGCAUCAACAGGAAACUCAAUUUAUCCUUACUGAUCCUUUUGACAUGAAAUGAUGUAGCAUUUUGCAAAGAAAAAUUAUUUUGAGGGUAUUCGGUUAUUUUACGUUGAAAUUACCGCCAAGAUUUGACUACUCUACCAGCAGCGCUAAAAUUUCAUCUG